UCACACUAAUCCAAAACACGCAUUAACGCAACGUAAACAUUGCGAGGAGUGCUGGUGUUUUUAUUAUCGUACAGAAAACGUUUUGUUAGAAAGUUUGAAUUAAUAUUUGUAGAGAUACCUACUAAAAUACAGGGUAUAAAAGAACCGUUAGGGUUGCUGUACAAUGGCGCACAUUCCGGCUACAUCACUGGGAAGUAAAAGCAAGAAGCACUUUCUCGGUGUUCCGGCUCCUCUUGGCUACGUCGCCGGUGUAGGAAGAGGCGCAACCGGUUUCACCACCCGUUCUGAUAUUGGUCCAGCUCGAGAUGCCAACGAUGUUUCGGAUGACCGUCACGCACCCCCAGCAGCAAAAAGAAAGAAAAAGGAGGAAGAGGAGGAGGAUGACGAGGACCUGAACGAUUCCAACUAUGACGAGUUCAGUGGCUACAGUGGUUCCUUGUUUUCCAAAGACCCCUACGACAAAGAUGACGCCGAGGCAGAUGCCAUCUACGAAAGUAUCGAUAAACGUAUGGACGAAAAAAGGAAGGAAUAUCGCGAGAAACGCUUGAAAGAAGAUUUAGAACGAUACCGCCAAGAGCGUCCAAAGAUUCAACAGCAGUUUUCAGAUUUAAAGCGUAAUUUGAUUGCAGUUAGCGAGGACGAAUGGGCUAAUUUGCCGGAAGUUGGAGACAGUCGUAACAAGAAGCAAAGGAAUCCUAGGGCUGAGAAAUUCACUCCCUUGCCGGACAGUGUUCUGUCGAGAAAUUUAGGUGGAGAGUCGACCAGCACGAUCGACGGGAGAUCUGGUUUGGCAUCAAUGAUUCCUGGUGUUUCAACGCCGGGAAUGCUGACCCCUAGUGGGGACUUGGAUUUACGGAAAAUAGGACAGGCAAGGAACACCUUGAUGAACGUAAAACUAUCACAAGUAUCUGAUUCUGUCGCAGGACAGACGGUUGUCGAUCCGAAAGGAUAUUUGACCGAUCUUCAGAGUAUGAUUCCAACAUAUGGUGGAGAUAUUAACGACAUAAAGAAGGCAAGAUUGUUAUUGAAAAGCGUUCGAGAGACCAACCCAAAUCAUCCUCCAGCUUGGAUUGCUAGUGCUCGUUUGGAAGAAGUUACAGGGAAGGUUCAAAUGGCACGUAAUUUGAUUAUGCGAGGCUGCGAAGUGAAUCCUCUGAGUGAAGACCUUUGGUUAGAGGCAGCACGUCUACAGCCUCCAGAUACGGCUAAAGGAGUUAUUGCUCAAGCUGCCCGACACAUUCCUACAUCAGUAAGAAUUUGGAUAAAAGCAGCCGAUUUGGAAACCGAGGUCAAAGCCAGAAGACGUGUAUUCCGCAAGGCUUUGGAACAUAUUCCGAACUCUGUCAGAUUGUGGAAAGCAGCCGUCGAAUUGGAGAAUCCUGAAGACGCAAAAAUCUUGCUUUCGAGAGCGGUGGAAUGUUGCAACACAAGUGUCGAAUUGUGGUUAGCUUUGGCUCGAUUGGAAACGUAUGAGAAUGCACGUAAAGUGUUGAAUAAAGCUCGUGAAAAUAUUCCAACCGAUAGGCAAAUUUGGACAACUGCUGCCAAACUAGAGGAAGCCAACGGAAACAUUCACAUGGUGGAGAAGAUCGUUGAUCGUGCCCUGAGUUCGCUCAGUGCCAAUGGAGUGGAAAUCAAUAGGGAUCAGUGGCUGCAGGAAGCUAUGGAAUCGGAGAAGUCAGGAGCCAUAAAAUGCUGUCAGGCGAUUGUGAAAGCAGUUAUCUCUGUUGGUGUAGAAGAAGAGGAUCGUAAGCAAACCUGGAUCGAUGAUGCUGAUCACUGCGCUAAAGAAGGUGCAUUUGAAUGUGCCCGUGCUGUGUACAAUUACGCGCUGUCUGAAUUCCCUUCGAAGAAGAGCAUUUGGUUACGUGCAGCUUAUUUCGAAAAGAAUCAUGGAUCUCGUGAAAGCCUGGAAGCACUUUUGCAGAAAGCUGUUGCCCAUUGUCCAAAGUCAGAAGUUCUCUGGUUGAUGGGAGCCAAAUCCAAAUGGCUUGCGGGAGAUGUACCAGCAGCUCGUGGUAUUCUAUCGCUUGCUUUUCAAGCCAAUCCGAAUUCGGAGGACAUUUGGCUUGCUGCUGUGAAGUUGGAAUCGGAAAAUUCCGAAUUCGAGCGUGCGCGUCGAUUGUUGGCCAAGGCAAGAGCAAGUGCUCCAACUCCAAGGGUCAUGAUGAAGUCAGCCAAAUUGGAAUGGGCUCUGAACAAUUUGGAAGAUGCCCUCAGCCUCCUGGAGGACGCCGUUAAAGUAUUCCCAGAUUUUGCAAAACUUUGGAUGAUGAAAGGUCAAAUUGAAGAACAGAAAAAUUUACUCGAACGAGCAGUCGACACAUACAAUUCGGGUCUGAAAAAGUGUCCCAAUUCUAUUCCCCUUUGGCUGUUGUUAUCAUCUCUCGAGGAAAAACGAAAACUUCUCACCAAAGCCCGUUCUGUUUUGGAACGUGGUCGAUUGAAAAACGCCAAAAACCCCAUUCUAUGGCUGGCAGCUAUUCGAAUCGAAAUUCGCGGAGGCUUCAAAGAUAUGGCUAAUACCCUCAUGGCACGUGCUUUACAAGACUGCCCGAAUGCAGGUGAGCUGUGGGCAGAAGCCAUUUUCCUUGAACCACGGCCACAGCGAAAAACCAAAUCAGUUGAUGCGCUCAAGAAGUGCGAACACGAUCCGCACGUUUUGCUGGCUGUUUCCAAGCUCUUUUGGAGUGAACGCAAAAUUCAAAAGUGUCGCGAUUGGUUCAACAGAACGAUCAAAAUCGAUCCCGAUUUCGGCGAUGCUUGGGCGUACUUUUACAAAUUCGAGCUGCAACAUGGAACGGAACAGCAACAGGAGGACCUGUUGGAGCGAUGUGUUGCUGCAGAGCCGAAGCAUGGCGAAGAGUGGUGUCGGGUAAGCAAGGAUAUCGCCAACUGGUGCUUCAAAACGGACGAAGUACUGAAAGCGGUGGUCAAGAUUCUACCUACUCCGAUUUAGAUAUGCUAAGGAUAUGGUAAAGUUUUGAUUGUGUGUUGUAUUCCAUUUCAAUAAACUGAAAAAUUGAAACUUAA